GACUCAUAACUCAUAGCAAUAUCUAGUCUAAAAAAAAGAAAAAGCAAAGAGUAUUAAUGGAGUACAAUAAGCAGAGAAGUAUGUUAAAGGUUGUGUUGUUGAUGAUGAUAAUGAUGUUGGCGUCCCAAUCCGAGGCUCAGCUGAACCGUGACUUUUACAAGGAAAGCUGUCCCUCAUUGUUCCUUGUGGUGAGACGGGUCGUGAAACGGGCUGUGGCCAGAGAGCCUCGCAUGGGUGCUUCUCUCCUUCGUUUGUUCUUCCAUGAUUGUUUUGUCAAUGGGUGUGACGGAUCCUUACUGUUGGAUGACACACCAUCUUUUUUGGGAGAGAAAACCUCAGGACCCAGCAAUAACUCUGUGAGGGGGUUUGAAGUGAUCGACAAAAUCAAGUUUAAGAUUGAGAAAAUGUGCCCGGGCAUCGUCUCAUGCGCAGACAUUCUCGCCAUCACUGCUCGCGACUCCGUUCUCCUCUUAGGUGGACCGGGGUGGAGCGUGAAACUUGGAAGAAGAGACUCCACAACAGCGAACUUUGCGGCCGCUAACUCUGGGGUCAUUCCUUCUCCGAUCAGUACCCUCAGCAACCUCAUAAACCGUUUCAAAGCCCAAGGAUUGUCCACACGUGACAUGGUCGCCCUCUCUGGUGCUCACACCUUUGGACGAGCCAAAUGUGUCACAUUCAGAAACCGUAUCUACAACGAAAGUAACAUAGACACCUCUUUCGCCAUCGCAAGACGGAAGAGCUGUCCCAGCGCCAACGGCUCCGGAGACAACAAGGAAGCCAAUCUUGACGUCCGCUCUCCUGACAGGUUUGACCACGGCUACUACAAGCAACUUCUCAGCAACAAAGGUUUGCUUACGUCAGACCAGGUCCUCUUUAACAAUGGUCCCACCGACUCGCUCGUCAUAGCUUACAGCAACAAUCUCAACGCUUUCUACCGCGAUUUCGCAAGAGCUAUGAUUAAGAUGGGUGACAUCAGCCCCCUCACUGGAUCCAAAGAGAUCUCGGAUUCAUUCCCAGAAUCCUCUAUCGUCACCGGCUCAAUUUUCUACCAAGUUUCUGAGAGGUUAUUGGGUCAAGGUACUUUUGCCAAGGUCUAUUAUGGAAGGAGUAUUCUUACUAACCAGAGUGUUGCUAUCAAGAUGAUCGACAAGGAAAAGGUUAUGAAAGUUGGGCUCAUCGAACAGAUCAAGAGAGAGAUCUCUGUUAUGAGGAUUGCUAGACACCCUAACGUUGUGGAGCUAUAUGAGGUCAUGGCAACAAAAACAAGGAUCUACUUUGUUAUGGAGUAUUGUAAAGGUGGAGAGCUUUUCAACAAGGUUGCCAAAGGGAAAUUGAAAGAUGAUGUUGCUUGGAAAUACUUUUAUCAGCUUAUCAACGCAGUUGAUUUUUGCCACAGCCGAGAGGUGUAUCAUCGUGAUAUCAAGCCAGAGAACCUAUUGCUGGAUGAUAAUGAGAAUCUCAAGGUAUCUGAUUUCGGGUUAAGUGCCCUUGCUGACUGCAAGCGACAAGAUGGCCUCCUCCACACUACUUGUGGUACACCUGCAUAUGUUGCUCCCGAAGUGAUCAAUCGAAAAGGCUAUGAUGGCACUAAAGCAGAUAUUUGGUCUUGUGGGGUGGUUUUGUUUGUUCUAUUGGCAGGCUAUCUACCUUUCCAUGACUCAAAUCUGAUGGAGAUGUACAGGAAGAUAGGAAAAGCAGAUUUUAAGGCACCAAGCUGGUUUGCUCCAGAAGUACGGAGGCUGUUGUGUAAGAUGCUAGACCCUAACCCUGAAACAAGAAUCACCAUCGCGAAAAUCAGGGAGAGUUCUUGGUUCAGAAAAGGUUUACAUAUGAAACAGAAAAAGAUGGAGAAACGAGUCAAAGAGAUGAAUUCUGUGGAAGCUGGUGCUGCAGGCGGUUCAAAUGAGAACGGAGCAGGUCCAAGUGAGAAUGGAGCAGGUCCAAGUGAGAACGGAGACAGGGUCACCGAGGAAAACCAAACAGACGAACCUACAAAUUUGAACGCUUUUGAUUUAAUUGCCUUGUCUGCUGGGUUUGAUCUGGCAGGACUUUUUGGAGAUGUGUUUAACAAGCGAGAAUCUAGAUUCACAUCCCAGAAACCUGCUUCAGUGAUCAUAUCUAAGCUGGAGGAAGUAGCACAACGAUUGAAACUGAGCAUAAGAAAGCGGGAAGCAGGUUUGUUCAAAUUGGAACGAUUAAAAGAAGGAAGAAAAGGGAUUCUAUCGAUGGAUGCAGAAAUAUUUCAAGUGACGCCAACCUUUCAUCUAGUGGAAGUGAAGAAGUCUAACGGAGAUACUCUGGAGUAUCAGAAAUUAGUGGCAGAGGAUCUUAGGCCUGCUCUGUCAGAUAUUGUAUGGGUUUGGCAGGACGAGAAAGAUGAGCCUGCUUCACAGCGAGAGACAGAACAACAAGAACAACAAGAGGAAGAACCAUUGUAGUUUUGAUAUUUGUUCUUGUCAAGUUUUGAAUUUUGCUCAACACUGAAUCACUGAUGUUAAACGUAUAUGAGUUUCUUACAUUUUUCGUUUGUGAAAAAAUGGAAUCCUAGCAUAAUAUAAAGAAGAAGUCGUUUAAUGAAACUCAAUGGCAAGA